UUGCUUGGCAAACGUUGGAUAGACUUUUAAGAGCUUUUUUGUCCGCUAUGUAUACGAGUAGGUCGUUAGAUUCUUCGGCCACGAUGCCAAUGAUUCAAAUACAGUGUAACGGACCACAAGGAUUGGGUCCUGACUGGGUGCCGCUAGAGCAGGAUUGGAAAGCACGCUGGUGCACCCUUCCAGCUGGUUAUUCAAGCGAUUUUGCACAAAGGAUCGACGCUUUUGAAACGAGGAAAAGUGAUGUUUUUGUGGUGACUUUCAUGAAGUGCGGUACAACUUGGAUGCAAGAACUGGCCUGGCUCCUGCUUAAUAAUUUGAACUUUGAGCGAGCAAAAAGCAGUUUUCCAUUUCAACGGAGUCCUUUUCUAGAGUAUUCUUCCAUUGACGAGGAAGGUAAGGAUACAAUAGACGAGUGCAAUAAUUUUGAAGGCGAUUCUCGCCUGAUAAAAUCCCACUUGCCCGCACAACUACUGCCCCGGCAAAUCUGGACCCAAGGACGGAAGGUUAUUUACGUGUGUCGAAACCCCAAGGAUGUUGUGGUCUCUUCGUAUCAUCAUAUGACUGGCUUGUUCCAUUGGGAGGGCAGCUUAGAUGAUUACGUUGAUCAGUUUGUUGCUGAUAAAAUCUUGUAUACAUCAUACUGGGCACAUAUUAUUGACUUUUAUAGAAUGCGUGAAAACGAAAAUAUUUUCUUUGUGACCUAUGAGGAAAUGAAACGAGAUCUCAAAGAUGUCGUUAAGCGAUUAUCGCGUUUUCUGGAGUGCAAAGAUUUGAACGACAAUGAAAUGGAAAAACUUUUGAACCACUUGAGUUUUCAAAACAUAAAAGGUAGCAAGUUUGGGAACCCCACUGCCUUUAUAAAAACGGUUCGAAAAACUGCUGAUAACUAUGAAUUUAUUCGGCGUGGUAUUGUCGGCUCGUACAAGGACGAAUUAAGUCCUGAUCAACAGAAAAAAGUGGAUGCAACGACAAGAGACUUUCUCAAGCAGUAUGGAGUAACUGAGCACGACAUUUUUGGGGAGUUUUAGUAAAAUGUUUAUUUUCAACUGUAUUUUUAUUGAUUUGUUAAAAAUAUAUCAUACAAUUUAUUAUCAGGUA